CAGCCUACCAGCCCCUACGUCUCCCCCGGCACUGCCGACCCCGACAGCAGCCUGCCUCCCUCUCCCUCCCGAGGCUCCCCUCCCGACCCCGCCACCACCUCCACCGCCUUCCCUCCGCUCCAAGGCUCCCUCCCGCUCCCGCCGCUGCCUCCCGAUGCUGCGGAGGGCCCCUCAGCCGACCCCUACCCCCACAUGACCGUCCUAGAGCGGCACCAGGCGGCCGGGCUGUAUGCGGACAUGGUGCUGUUGCCGGUGCCCCGGGGCCGGGGCGGGCUGGCAGCGGGUGGGGGUAUGUACGACAUGGCGACGGUGGUGCCCCGGUACGGCAGCUUGGACGGAUCGUACGGAGCCGAGGUGUUGCAGGUUCACCCGCCGCACCCCGACUCCUUCACCUAUGCCGACACCGACCCCACCUCGGCAGCUGGCGGCGCCUGGGGCCACCCGGACGCUGCUGCUGCUGCUGGCAGCGAUGGCGGUGGCGGCGUUUCAGGGCCGGUCGGGGACCCCUGCGCCGCCAACCCCGAGCUGCAGGUGACGCCCGCCGCCAUUGAGGUGCUGCACAUGGCGGAGGUGGUGGCGGAGGUGGCGGAGGCGCUGGGGAACCAGGGUCGUGACGACCGCUACUUCCUGGACAACACGGCGCGCAUCAACAAGCUGGUCUACACGGAGGAGAGGUUCGCACGGCACAGACAGCUCAUGAGCAAACUCAUGCUGACGCAGGUCAUCGGCCGGCAGACCGCGGUGGGUCACGUGCAGGCGCCCAACUACAGCCCGCUCAGCUCGCGCGCCAUGGGGCAGAUCGUGACGGAGAUGCGGCGGGUGUACACGGGGGAGGCGGCGGAGCUGGUGGCGGCCAUGAGGGAGAACCACAGGGAGGCCAUGGUUAUUGUUCAAGACGAGCUGAACUCCACAGCUCGCCUCAUCGCAGCCACCAGCAGCCUCCAAGCCGCCGUUGUGGAUUCGGAACUCGCUCGGGCAGAACGGGAGCGGAGCCGCGCGCUGAAGGCGCGGGUCACGCGGGCCGCCAUUCGGGCCCUGCGCCGGGAGCGAGCGGCGCAGGACCGGGCUUUUGCGGCGGCGUUUGGUCGGCAGGUAGCGGGCGCAGGCAAGCAGAUCCUGCGCAGUGAGAUCCGGGCGAGGGACGCCGUACUGGCGGCGGAGGCGGCGGCACAUGGAGCGGUACGACGGCAGGUGGACCAGACGAUAAAGGACCACAUCGCACUAGCGGAGGAGGAGCUAGCGGAGGCCAACCGGGCCAAGGCGGGCGCCGUACGAGCAGAGGGCUGGACGGAGGAGGUGGCGCAGCACUACGCGCUGCUCGACCAGUGGCAGUCCGACCUGGUGGCCCUGCGGAGGGACGAGAACUACGCACGCAUGCGCCGCGUGGGGCCCGCCGGCGGUGUGUGGGGCAGCGGCAGGCCGCGGGAGCUGCUGCGCGCGCCGCUGCCGCUGACCAGUGUGGUCUCCGCAGCCGCUGCGGCGGCACGGGCGGAACGAGCGGAACGGAAUGUCGUGUCGGCGUCUGCUGCUGAUGGUGGCCGACGGAGAGCCGCCGCGCCGCCGACGUCGGGUGUGAACCUGGAGUCUUCUAGUUGGCGCAGUUUGAGUGUGGGCGGCACCACUCACACCGCCGUGGGUGGGGCGGAGGAGAGCGCUGGGGAGGACGGGGCGGGCGGCAGCGGCUCGGAUGAAGGGGGUGCGUUUGCCUUCCCGACGAGCACGGGCGGCCGCAGCAGCUUCAGCAGCGCUUGGCCGCUAUUCGAUGGCGACAACGGCAGCAUGGCGACCAGCAGUGCACCGCCGUCAGCGCUGCCGUCGCGGCGGGUGCUACCGCAGCCGCAGCCGCUGCCGGAGGGGUAUGUGCCCGGCGGGGCAGGAGCUGGGGUGGCGGGGGGUGCGGGGGCUGCGGCAGGAGGGCCGCCUCCGCUGGUGGAGGAUGUGAGUGAGGCGGUGUCGGAGGGGCCGCAGCUCAGGCCGGGAGGGGGCGAUGGAGCCGGGAAAGGGGUGGCGCAGAAGGAGAAGGGUAGAGAGAGGGAGAAGGAGCAGGGGAAGAAGCCUGGGAAAGGACAGGUGAAGGGGAAGGAGGGGAAAGGGCAGAGAGCCUCCUCCACUUCCUUGUCCUCUACAGCGCCCUCUGUAUCUGUGGCGUCCGCGUCACCGGUUCCUGGUACGCGUGAGGGCGGGGGCAAGGGGCCGGCUGGCUCCUCCCGCCAGUCGUCUCGAGGGCGCCAAGCGGAGGUGUCCAAGUCCUCAACGCCG